AAUCGCUGCGUGAGCUGUGCGCGUUGACGUCAGUCUCCUUUUUCUUUGGCCAAUCGCCGUUGGGAUCGUUCCUGUACAUGUCCUGCAUAGAACGACGGUGUGCGGAACAGGUAGAGACUUCUCUUUGCUAAGUCAACGGAGCCGGGCGAUCUGUCGGUAUAACCGGAGCCGCGAUGGAGGUGAACCACACAGCUGAUAUCCUGGGCACUGCCUAUCUGGCCGUGGAGUACGUCGACUCGCUGCUACCGGCCAAUCCGCUGCAGGAGCCCAUGAGGGACGCCUGGGACUACAUGAUGGACAACUACACCAAGUUCCAGAUCGCCACGUGGGGCUCCCUCUUCGUCCACGAGUUCAUCUACUUCGUCUUCUGCCUCCCCGGAUUUAUCUUCCAGUUCUUACCCUUCAUGCAGAAGUACAAAAUACAGCAGGACAAACCAGAGACGUGGGAGAAGCAGUGGAAGUGCUUCAAGGUGCUGCUCUUUAAUCACUUCUGCAUUCAGCUGCCCUUGAUCUGCGGGACGUACCACUUCACCGAGUUCUUCUCCAUCCCCUACGACUGGGACUCCAUGCCCAGAUGGCCCUACCUGCUGGCACAGUGCUUCGGCUGCGCAGUGGUGGAGGACACCUGGCACUACUUCCUCCACCGACUCCUGCACCACAGGAGGGUCUACAAGUACAUCCACAAGGUCCACCACGAGUUCACCUCUCCCUUCGGAAUGCAGGCGGAGUACGCCCACCCGGCGGAGACCAUCAUCCUCGGGGCGGGGUUCUUCAUCGGGAUCAUGAUCUUCUGCAACCACGUGACUCUGCUGUGGGCCUGGGUCACCAUCCGUCUGCUGGAAACCAUCGACGUCCACAGCGGUUACGACAUCCCUCUGAACCCGCUGCACAUAAUUCCCUUCUACGCUGGGGCUCGCUUCCACGACUUCCACCAUAUGAACUUCGUGGGAAACUACGCCUCCACGUUUACCUGGUGGGACAAGCUCUUGGGCACGGAUUCGCAAUACAAGCACCACCAGCACAAGCAGGAUCUGAAGAAGGAGCAGUGAAGUAAUGGGGAAGCUUCGUUGUUUUUUGCGGUUUGUUUUUUUCCCACGCCCCUCUCUUUCUCUCUCAUCUCUGGUUCUGUUCAGUUCGGUCCCGUGAACAGUGAACGCGGCACGAAUAAAAAGAAAGAGAAGGCCCUCGUUAAAUCCCGACACGGCGCUUUGACUUAUAAUGUACGCAAACGUUUGUUUCUCCGAUACUUAUGCAACGUGACGCCCACGCGCGGUUUUGGCGGUUGCUGAAACCUAGAAGCGCGCUGCGUAAGAAAAAAGCGGCUUGCUGGAAAAAAGACAGCACGCGGUGGUUUAGAUUGAAUGGAGGCCAAAGUCAUGUUGGGAUUUAGUACGGGGAAAUUUUCCAGACUUUAGCAUUCUUAAUUCAUCUUUUCGCGGUGCAUCAUCGUUAAUUUGACCGAUUAUCAUCAUUAGCGUUUUAGUUUUAGGUUUGAGCCGUGUCGCAAAGCACUGAUGUCAGUGUGUGCAAAACAAAUCCCUUUUGCUGCUGGACUCUAAUGGCUACUUAUUGCAGAUUUACUAUUGGCAGGAUCUGUGGCGCAGUGUUCUGAUAUUACCAUGGAAGUAGCUGCAACAUGUAAUAAUUAUAACAAUUUAUUAGAUUCCCUGGUGAGAUUUCCGUCGGCAUGCAAUUAUAAUUCUUCUCCGAAAUAAAUUACCCAGAGUGCCUUUCUUUGAAGAAAAACAUCGCUCUCCCUUUCUGCAGUGAGCUCACACGGUUCAGGCAUCGCGACGGAAAUCAGCAAGUGGAAAGUCAUGAUUAUCAGUUGUGCGUACAGGACAAAUUAAAGACCAAAAUGUGCUUUACAUGAAACUCACUCACUGUAUAUAUGUCUGAACACUUUUAUAAAGGGUAAUAAAUUGCAUUUUGCAGAGCACUUUACAUAUCAUAUGUCAGACUUAAACACUGUACUAUUUCCUUUUAUUUUGCUCAGACAUUAGCUUUGUAUUAGUUUUUUUAUACCUGAAAUAUCUUGAAAAUAAUCUACCAGCUAAAGAUUGCUGGAACACAAAUCUGUUUAAAAAUAUGGAGCCUUUUUUUUUGCCGGAUUUCCCUCUUCUUUAUGACGAAUUUGUAUAAAUGUUCAGAAUACCAUUGGAUAAAAUUGCAUGGACAUAGCAUGUUAAAGUAUGUUAAACUGAAAUAGCAUUUUUGUUGAUAUUAGAAAGUUGUACAAAUGAAAAUCUGCAAAGCUGUAAAGGACAUCAAGCAAGUUUAUUUUUUCAAUAUGUAAAAGUUGUUAUAUUAUUGGCCCUUACUGGACAAAGACUGAAAUUGUUUUGUAUGGGCACAGGGUGCAUCUGGGCUUCUGAAAUGUCAGUGGAAGCGGAAGAGAUGAUAUAUGGGAUGUUUCAUUUGAAAACUACAGUAUAUAACACUUUGCCCCCAUUUUCUGUUCGACCCUUUGAAGUGCAGGUUUUUUUGGAAUGGUUCUGCAAAAUUCUAUGUCAGCGUUCUAGAACUCCACUGCUUUCGAUUGCCAGUAGUGAUUGUUGCAUCAGAAUUGGAAUGUUCAGUUAAGAACAUUCCAAUCAAAUAUCUUGUAUACCUUAAAGGGUCAAUAAGAACAGUAGCAAAUGCUGUAUGGUGAACAUCUGCCACAUCUGAAAAUAAGUAGGAAGCCGCUUUCAUACAAAUGUAGAUUUCAUACUUGUUUGGGUGAUACCUUUGAAGUGACCUCAGUGUGCUACACUAAUAGAACUCUCACACACAGACACAGACACAUUCUAGAAUCGGGACAAAUCAUUCUUUGUCUUUGCAUUUCAUACAAAUAAAAUUCUAGCUGAAAGAUGAA